CAUUCCCCGGUCAUUGUCACCGACAACACACCCAGCAGCAGCGUACCGGUUCACCUGUCUCAGGUGUCACGAGCUACACACUCUACGGUUCCCGUAAGUGAUUUUCAAAACAAAAGCCCUGACAUCCCAUGAGACUUGUCACAUCAUGAGAUCACACCACCUCUUUCUCCUGGUUUACUUACUGGGGAGCUGCUUGGGGCCAUCAAAUGCACAAAGCAAUGAAACCUGUCCCACGGGAGGAGCGUGCGAGCCGGGUGCGGAUCGCUUCCUGCAGUGCGUGGGCCUGCGGUCGAACGACACCGGGAGAGACCACAUGCGGAGGCUGAAAGGAAUGCUCGAAGCCGGCAUAGACGUGUACACCUUCAUGAGGUCCAGCGUGACGGGAGUGCCCCUCCUCAGUCUGCAGGCAGAGCUGGCGCUGAACCCCGAAGCGGACCCGCUCCAGAACGAGGCCCUGGUCCAGAUGUGGGUGGAGGUCAAGAUCAAACCGCUGCUGAAAUCUAUCAACAAGCAAUUCCUGUCCUGCCUCAGCACCGAGCGCUUCAGCUGCUCCACCUACCAGACUCUAGUGAGGGAGCUCAGCAACUAUUAUUCUGAGAUGAAUCCCACCAGGCAACAGUGGAUCUACUCAUUCUUCAUGCACCCCUUCCUCUCUGGAGACAGAGUAGCUGGUUGUGUGCUCCCGCAGCAGAGCAGUGAGGAGUGGUUGAUGAAGAACUUCGGUGCCUUCAGAGCCGCGGCCCGACUGAAGGACCUGUCGGCGCUCAACAUGCUCUUCAGUGGCUUGGAGGUUCUCCACCUGCUGUCUCCAGCGCAGAAGGCUGAGCUGCUCCUGAGGCCUGAGGUGGCGGGUUUAGACAACGGCAACCUGAGCCUGGUGUUCCACAGCUUGUCAACGGGGGGCCCUCCCCCCACAGCCGGCCCUGGAGAGGCCCCCCACUGGACGACCCCCGGAGGGGGUCACAACUGGACGACCCCUGGAUACCCUUACACCUAUCCUCCACAUGCCACGUAUAACCCAAACCCACCUCCGUCCCCUCAGAACAGCCUCAGACAGGUCGUAAACGGCUUCGCGGCGGCUUUUAAACCCGUCGGGAGCUUCGUGCAUGACUUUGUGUCCUUCACACAAGAGAGGGACAUGUCAAAGGUCAAAAGCACCACCCUGACCCAGUUCCUGCUCAACUGGACUCUGGCCGAGCUGGCGGACGCGUACCGGCCGCAGGUCGCGUCCGUAGUUCCGGCGCCGCCGAAGUUCGACGUCAGCGAUGUGGAGGACUGGUACCAGCAGGUCGUGAUGCCGGUGCUACGCAGGUUCCUGCCGGACGACGGGGUGCACCAAAACGUCAAACUGGCGUUCCACCAGCUGUUCUACCUGGACCGCGGUGCAAUGCCCAAUGAAACCUCUGAAGUCCUGGACGUCUGCAGCAUCACUCUCAAUAACAGGUCUUGCGGGCUGACCAGCGCGGUGGCCAACGUGGCCAAAGUGCUGCACUGCGCCGCCGGCAGCGAGCUGACGCUGUCCGAGCAGAUGGUCAUGAGUUUGAUUGGAGAGCUGACGCAACGUCUGCAUAAACUGAUCCUAGAGCUGCUCGCAUCGAACCUCACGGAGGUGGCGUCCGACUUUCAGCAGAUCUUUAGAGAGGCGGACCCCCCGUCGUCUCUGACCCGGGAACACCUGCAGGACCCGGCCUUCAUCCGGCUCUGGUUUCAGGUCAAACUGGCGCCCCUCCUGCCCGACGUGCCCAGAGAGCUGCUGUCCUGCCUCAGCACCAAGAACUUCUCCUGCCCGGCUUACCAAACAAUUGUGGCAGGAUUCAGUGAGUUCAACCUCCGUGUUCAUCCUGAAGACGACAUCUAUAAUCAUUUCCUCUUUCCCUUCCUGCUGAAUCACAACACAUCUGAUCCUCAGUGCGUCUCCUCGGCCAACAACAGCACAGAAUGGCUGACGAAGAACUUGGGUGACUACGUCACGGUCCCCUCCAUCGCUGACUUCUACAGACUCAACACAAACUUCUCCGGACUGGAGGUUCUUCGCCUCCUGACUCCGCAGCAGACGGCAGAGAUGCUGCUGUCGCCUCUUCCGACUCCGCCUGAGAAAGACGUCGUCAUCGACCGAGUGUUCGACUUCUUGUUGGAGUCCCCCGGAUACGGCCGGUUCACAGAGGUCCUGCGCGUCCUGCGCCCUCUCCUCGACGAGAUAAAACCACCGUGCGACGUCUACAAACAAAUCUUUGAGAGAUUGUACGCAGCCAUCCGGCUCGUUCCUCGAGACGUCGAACCGGACGUCUGGACCGCCAUCAAAGAUCUGAGGAGCGCGGCGCCCGAUGAGUGUUUGCAAGCGAACGCAACGUGCCGAGUGAUCCCCUACAACGACACUAACUUGUGCAGAGGAGUUAGCAGCUCUGACCUGCUGAACACAUCUGUGGGAGUUCCCUGCAGCUUUUCCCUGGAGACGUAUGCAUGUGCACAGCUGGAGAACUUCACAGCCAAUCAGCUGGUGUCUCUUCUGAAGUGUAAUCUGCCUGGAAACAGCAGUAACUCCAAAGGGCUGUGGAAGAUGCUGCUGACGAAGCUGACCUCUGUCUUGGACCCGGCUUUGGACCUUUUGGCCGACAUGUCCACAACCGCCGUGGUUCCGUCGGCGUCCGCGGUUCUGGACGUGAUUGGAGAGAUCCGGGUGACGUUGCUGACCGACGAGCAGCUGACGAACAGCAGUGUCAUCGAGCUGUGGUUCUCCGACCGCCUCGGCGCGUUCCUGACGUUCCCAUCCGGAGGGUUUCUUCUGUGUCUGAGCAGCAGGAACCUCAGCUGUCAAUCAUACCAGCAAAUACUGCAGGAGUUCGUCCUCCGUUUCGACAACAUGACCGAGAACCGUCAAAACGCGGUCGCCAAGGACUUCAUCCUCCCUUUCCUGUCGCGGCCUCACUCAGGUCCGGGCUGUUCGUCCGCCUCCAACGGCAGCGCCGAGUGGCUGAUGAAGAACCUGGGUUCGUUUUCACGUCUCCUGUCCUUCAGACAGCUGCUUCAACUCAACCCGGACUUCCAGCCUUCGGCGGCGUUACCGCAGCUGACGGUCAGACAGCUGGCCGAGGUGUCCGCCACGCCCGGCCAGCUCGCCUCUCCCGUCCAGGUGACGACGUUGAUGAAACACGUGCCCGACGAAUUCCUGGCCGCCUUCUUCGAUGAUUUAUCUCCCGCUAUCGUGGGUAAUGAAAGCAACCUCCCCUCGGAGGUGAGGUCGGCCAUGUUGCAGGUCGUGUUCGAUCGAGCGAACCUCUCCGACCCCUCGGUGGCCGACUCGGAGGUUUCGCUGUGGCUCCGCGCCCGACUGCGCCCCCUGCUGGUCAACCUGUCGCCGGCGCACGUUGCGCCGUUCUUCAGAAUACUGUCGGGAAGAAACAACUGCAGCAUCGAGCAGCAGGGAGUCGGGGAGCUGAAUUCAACAAUCUCCUCUCUCAGCGAAGAUACAAAGAAAGAAAUCUACGACCACAUCGUUCAGACCCUCAAAGGGCCUACACCGCUCACCUGCUACCAGGACGACAACAACCAGAGCUUCUACAGUUUCCUGGAGCGCUCUUUCCUGGGCUUCCAGUUCCCCAACCUGACCACCUUCCUGUCCCUCAUGCCUCGCGACAGGAUGCAUCAGCUGCUGAACUCCGUGCCUCCGUCGGCUCUUGGAGAUUUCCUCCGUCGCCCCGACGACGUCGUCGACGACGACGCAGCGCUCUGUGUGAUCUACGACAACUACGAGCAGACGGCCACGUUCCUGGAGACCGAGUCUCUCCCGGAGGGGGUGCGGCGGCUCACGCUGCCUUGCGUCUGGCCCGUGGCGCUCGGCAGCUCCGAGAGGUCGGAGGUCAGCGCCUGGUUUGACCGACGUCUCCAAAACUACCUGGUCUUCCUCACGAAGGGUCUGAUCGGCCCCGAUAGCACACGCAACGCCUCCUGCCUGGCCUUCCAAAAACUAGUUUCGGUUCUGGGUGAAUACAACUACACUGGCGCAGACUUUGUGAGGAGUGAUGUGUUCGACAGCAUCAGGGCCUACCUGACCUCAGCGACGGCACCGAGAUGCUACGACGCCAGCGACCCAGAACUCAACUCCACCGCCUGGUUUGCUGAGUACGUCGGCCCCUUCAUGCCUUUCCUCACGCUGGGGGAUCUGCAGACGUUCGGCUCGGCGAAGGUCAUCCAGGUGUUCGCGGUGAACCCCCUGAACAUCGCCCUCCUCGACCACGCCGCUUUGCCCGCCAACCUCACCAACUACUACACGGAGCUGGUUUAUCGACAGGACGCCAACUUCAACCCCUUACUGCUCCCUCUGCUGUGUCAGUGCGUCGCUCCCGGUCUGGCGUUCAGCCAGCUGACAGCGAAGGAAAGCAUGAUAGUCCUUCAGAACCUGACCGCCGUCUGCGUGUCCCUGGACCCACAGGUCUCCGCAGCUUUGGCCGGUAACCUCGGCAACGACAUCGACGCCGGGGCCAUCGCGGCCCUCGGCAACCAAAGCACCGGCAUGUCCACCGGGCAGAUAAAGAGCAUAACCCCUCAGCAGAUGUUGGCUUCCCUCGGCACUCUGGGUAACGUGACGGGCUGGAACGAAGGUCAGGCCAAGGCCAUCGUCCAGUCGCUGAUGUCGUCGGGGGCUUUCGAGAUCAACAGCACGACGUUGUUGACGCUGGGCUCUCUCGUCGCGGGCGUACCCGCCAAAGAUAUGGGCGCCAUCAGCGGCGCCGAGCUGCUCGCCGUGUCCAAGGACCCCUCGUUUCUGGAGCACAUCAGGUCCGCUCCGCUGAUCGUCCAGCAGACCUUUGUUUCUCAGAUCAUAUCGGCGGACAGCGACAACGAGGCGAUCAUACAGAACGUUCCGGAUGAAAUGGCCUCUCAGAUCCCUCGCGCUCUUCUGCAGGGCUUCUCGAACAACGCCAGCGUCAUCAAGAAACUCAACCAGAAGAAAUGGAACCGCCAGCAAGUUGAGUUGUUCUUCGACGUGAUGGCUGUGGAAUCUGCGACCGACGCGCUGGGAGGUCCAAACAAUUUGUCGUCCUCUGUGCUGCAAGGGUUCACGUGCACCGGGGUGAGGGCCGUUAAGGCGGAGCAGAUCAAGAAGCUCAUCAAAGCCUGUCGGAGGAAAGGCGAGAACAAGGUCCCCCUGGAGGAGACUCAGUUGACCUGCAUGUACAACCACAUCAAAGGAGACCCGGACGUCGCCGCCUUCGACCUCUACCCUCCCGACGUGAUGCUGUACUACGACUACUCCUCCCUGGUGCCGGCGGCCAACUGCAGGUCCUAUUUCGAAGAGCUGGCGGACGCCGACUUCUCCGUCUUCUCCCCGACCCUCAGCCACAACAGGACCGCCCUGUUCGUCAACGCCGCGAGCUGCCUGGGCAUAGCGAACACGAGUUUGACCGAGGACAACAUAUCGGUGUUGGGAAACAUGUGCUGCACCCUGAACAGUUCCUACAUCCAGAACUCCGACCCGUCCAUCUUGGACCGGCUCAAGGACUGCCCGGACCUCACCGGCGCUCAAGCGGCCGCCGUUGAAGCUCUGCUGAGCAGCGGGGAGACGCAGUACGGGGCUCCGUCAACGUGGAACGAAUCGACUCUGGAGGACCUGGGGAUGUUACCGCUGUACCUGACCUCGACCUUCUACGAGAACUUUGACAAAAUAACGAAGCAGAACUUCUUGAGGUACUUCCUGGAGGUUCUUCAGAGCAACGGGGUGGACAGACAGAAGAGGAGGAGCCUGAAGAAGGAAAUGAGGAAGUCGAUUAUAAAUAGGUCCAAGAGAUCAACCGUAAAUGAGUGCACUGUGGGAGCGAUCACCCAGGUGACCAUCAGCGAUGACAUUUUCCCCUUCGACUACGACGACAUAACUCAGUUCGACAGCUGCCUCAACGCCUCGACCGUUAGGGACAACCUGGAGGCCAUCACCGAGAAGGUGGACCAGGAGGAGUACCUCCGGAUCGUUCUGAGAAAGUUGAGAGAGAUUUACUCGACCGUGCCAGAGGACCAGGUCCAGCUCUUGGGCCCGGCGUCCCGCGUGGCAACCGCGGCCGACGUCGACGCGUGGGCCGUCACUCAGAUCGACACGCUCGCCAGUCUGAUGGACUCGUCCAACGGGCCGUGGGACCCGAGCCUGGCGAAGGCCGUCGUCUCCAAGUACCUGAGUCACGCCGGUAACGAGCUGGGCCGCGAUGAGCUCAACGCCGUGGGCGGAGCCAACCUGUGCUCCCUGGACGUCGACGUUCUGAACAACAUCUCCCAGCAGAGCAUCAGAGACGCCGGCGCCCUGACGCUGAACAACUGCACCGCGGAGAAAAAGAGAGAACUGUUCGCCAUCGCCGAGCGAGCGUUCGCCCCGAACACUCGCUCGACGGUCAGCGCUGCUUCGUACAGUCUGACGCAGCCAUACAUCGGAGGCGCAGAUUCAGACUAUGUCAAACGUUUGGCAGCAUCCAACAUCAACAUGGACAUGGCUACCUUCACCAGUCUGGAUGAGAACCUUGUACAGAACCUGACGGUCGGCGAGGUUCGAGGUCUGCUCGGCACCAACUUGCCCAAUUUACAGUCGUAUCAAGACAACCCGCUGGUGAAGGCCUGGAUCGGCAGGCAGUCCCAGUUAGAGCUCGAAACGCUGGGCGUCGGGAUCGUGGGAGGCCGGGUUGACCCCACCAACCCCACGACCGACCCCACUUCUGUGACCGCCCCCCCCACAACCAACCCCUCUGUGACCGCCCCGCCCACAACCAACCCCUCUGUGACCGCCCCGCCCACAACCAACCCCUCUGUGACCGCCCCGCCCACAACCAACCCCUCUGUGACCGCCCCGCCCACAACCAACCCCUCUGUGACCGCCCCGCCCACAACCAACCCCUCUGUGCCCGCCCCCUCCACAACCAACCCCUCUGUGCCCGCCCCCUCCACAACCAACCCCUCUGUGACCUCCCCCUCCACAACCAACCCCUCUGUGACCGCCCCCUCCACCACCACCUCCACCACCGGUAACCACGGCGCCCGCUUCCGAGCAGACGCCGGCUUCUCCUCCCUCGCUCUCCUCGCGCUGCUCAUCGCUUCUUCUCUCGCGUGAAAAGAAAAGACGUCGCUGAUUUAUUGUAAUAAAUGACGAAUGAAUACAUAUCCAGUAAAGUGAAGUAGACGCCGCGAUUGUUUAAUUAACGUGCAAUAGCAACGCAGCACAUGUAAAUAAAGAAAUUUCUUGAUUCUU